AUGCCUUCUCAACUUUAUGACGUCAUCGUGGUCGGUGGUGGCGCGAUCGGGCUUGCAGCUGCAUACGAGGUAGCCAAAGCAGGCAAGUCUACUCUGGUACUCGAGCAAAGUUGUCUUUUCAACGCGGCUGGGAGCUCCAACGACCUAGCCAGAAUGUAUCGCACCAUGUAUACUGAGCCAUUCAUGGCGGAGCUUGCUCACAAGUCCAUGAGCAUUUGGAAAGAAUUAGAAAUGGACUCUGGGACAUCUUUGCGCACAAUGUCAGGACUCCUGAAUUUCGGAGACACUACGAUGGGAGCAGACACCCCAGAAGGAACACUGAUGGGCCCUAUAGCUAAUCUGGAAAAUCUGGAUAUGCCUUUUCGAAAGAUGACGAAACUAGAGAUGGAAAAUGAGUACCCAUUCAAAAACCUCCCAGAAGCUUGGGAAGGUAUCUUCGCUCCCGAUAAUGGCGUAAUCAAUGUUCCACUCCUGCUUCGAACUCUGUCGCGCCUGGCUAAAGACUAUGGCGCUCGCACUCAGCAAUAUACCGAGGUCAGAAAACUCGUCCCUGCGAAGGAGAACGACGAAGACAUAUGGAAGGUCGAAACCCAUGUCAACGGUAAUGAAGCUGUUUCAUUCAGGGCUCGAAAGAUUAUCAUAGCAGCGGGUGCAUAUACAAACCACGUCCUGCAACCUAGCUUUAAUUUCGAGCUAAAGCUCAAUAUUUGGGAGAUGGUGGCAUCGUACUUUACGGUGAAUGCUGGUCCUAAUGGAACCCAUUUUCCAAGUAUGUGGUUCCAGUUCGCGAACGACAAGCAUGGCAGGUCGCGGCUGUUCUACGGGUUUCCAGCCGUCGAGUGGGGUCCUCCCAAUGUGUGUCGUAUCGCAGUAGAUGCGGCGACAAGACAGAUUACAGACCCCAAUCAACGGUGCGGUAGCGUCGUGAACCCCGAGGAUAUACACGACACACAGCAAUUCAUCAAAAGGCACCUAGUGGGGGUGGAUUACACAACGCCUGCGUACACCUUAUCGUGUCUGCAGACGAAUACGUUCGACAACAUGUUCGUAUUAGACUUCAUCCCAGAACCGUAUCUCCAGGGCGGUGCAAAAGAUAGUGUGGCAGUGUUCACUGCCGGAUGGGCUAUGAAGUUCGUGCCGCUGAUUGGCCGAGCCCUAAAAGACAUGGUGCUGGAUGGACAUUCCGAACAUGCGUUGGACGAGUUCAAGAUCGACCGUCUGGAUCCCAAGAGCAAAGGGAAAGAUGGCAAACCCCAAGCGGGCAUCAUUAACGAGGUAGAUGGUGACUUUGCCAAUCGCUGGGAGUAUCUCUAG